AUGCAACGAAGAGUCUUUCUCUUGUCUGCAAGCUUCGGAUUCGUCACAUCUGUCCGGGAGGGCGAGGUGGGCUGUGGGAGAAGCUCUAUCUUUUCCGUAUCCUCCAAAGCGGUCGACCCCGCGCUCGAUGCACUCUUCUCAGCAAGUGCCGGCCCUGUCAAGGCUCCAGAGAAAUCCCGUUAUGCCGAACUAGUUGCCUCUAGAUCAAAAAACCCUGCCAAAGCCGACGAAGCAGAUGAAGAGGUCGACGAUGAAGAGCUAAGUUCGUUAGGAAGCGACGCUGGCUCGGACCUUGAAGAUGAAAGCGAGGACGAGAAGGGCGAUGCCAGCGAAGCGUCCGGAGACUCAAAUGAGGACAGCUCAGAGGGUGAGGAUCAACAGGAGACUGUCUCAGAAUUGGCAGCCCACGCUAGGAGACAGGAGAAGAAACGGAAGAGGAAGCAGGACGAGCUAGACGAUUUGGAGGGCAAGUACCUGGACAAACUCGCUGACGACGAUGACACUCCCGUUAUCAAGCGACGAAAGGAGGAGACACAAGCCGCCGGUGAUGAAGUCAUAGUCCACGAGUCACUCCUGAAGAAGCCCGAAGAAGACUCAGACUCUGGCUCCGAGAUCGUCCACGAAUCUCUCAGCAAAGACUCCAAGGUGGACGAGAUUGAGAAGGCCGGCCGCACAGUGUUCCUCUCCAACGUCUCCGUUGAGGCCAUCACCUCGCGCAAAGCCAAGAAGGCUCUCCUCGCCCACCUCUCCUCCGUCCUCGACAGCUCCGCAUCCCCAGCCCAGAAAAUCGAGUCCAUCCGCUUUCGCUCCGUCGCCUUCUCCACAGCCGCCGUGCCCAAGCGCGCCGCAUACAUCAACAAGGAGGUCAUGGACGCAACCACAAAGUCGACCAACGCAUACGUCGUCUACAGCACCCCGGCCGCCGUCCGCGCGGCCGUCACCAAGCUGAACGGCACGACCGUGCUCGACCGCCAUCUGAGGGUAGACAGCGUAGCGCAUCCAUCAGAGGUGGACCACCGCCGAUGUGUGUUCGUAGGCAAUCUAGGCUUCGUGGACGACGAGACCGUCCUGAACGUCAAGAUCGAUGAGGAGGGCAAGGAGCAGACGGAGAAGCGCAAGCGGACGAAAGUGCCCAUGGACGUGGAGGAGGGCCUGUGGCGCCAGUUUGGCGAGCGUGCCGGCAAGGUUGAGAGCGUGCGAGUUGUCAGAGACUCGACUACGAGAGUUGGCAAGGGCAUUGCCUACGUGCAGUUCUACGACGCCAACUCAGUAGAAGCCGCCCUCCUCCUCAACGGCAAGAAGUUCCCGCCCAUGCUCCCCCGAGAGCUGCGCGUCAGCCGCUGCAAGGCCCCGUACAAGACCGCCCGCGCCAUGGAGAAGUCCAAGAAGGACAAGAUCAUCGCAGACGGGGGCAAGGGCAAGGCCAGCUUCAAAGACAGGAAGCCUCCCGCCGCGGCGCAGAAUGGCUACGUCCGCAAGCGCACCGCCGAGGAGCAGACGCUCGCCGGCCGCGCGGAGAAGCUGCUAGGCCGCUCGGCAGCAGGCCCGCUCCGGGAGAAGGAACGCCUGGCUGCAUCGGAGGCGGCGCGCGCGCGCAUUUCCAAGUCAGGGAAGUCUGGCAAGCGCGGCUCGACGGACUCGGCGCCGCCACGUGUCAACGGCAAGGGCUACGGGCGGUCGUCUGCUGGGCCGGCGGACAUCAAGACUCCCGAGGCUAUCGUCUUUGAGGGUCGUCGGGCCAGCUCGAGAGAUGGCAAGCCAAGGGACCUGAAGAUGGGCCGCAAGGGGUCGCACAAGAAGGGUGGUGUGCAGAAGAGGCCGUUCAAGGGAAAACGACCAGGCAAAUAG